GUAGAUCAUCAUUGACACCAAUCUACAUCGGAAACAUCGGGGGAAACGGUUUCCCCCCCUUGGAAGGUAAACCCCCUUCCCGACCUCAAAUAGCGUAAUUUAUAUAUGAGCCUGCAGCGAGGGUUAAUUGGAACGCAGCUCUAAUUCCUAAACAUAACGCGUUAUGUCAGCUUGACUUUGACAGUUCCAAAGUGGCUUUAUAAAUAUUUUGAUCAAGGUUGUUGUAGUUUAAAAAAUCUUAAAAUUAUAUAAAAAACCUUAAUUUAUACAUUUGUGCUUCGAUAAAAUGUGUGAAAUUGAAGCAUGUCGUAUAUGCUUGAGAAGUGGUAUAAAAUUAUACAGAAUGGAAGUGUUUAAUCUUAGCGAAUAUUAUGAGGAACUUAUUGGGCACUUGAUUGGUGUCAAUGAUGAUCUACCAUGCUGUUUCUGCUAUGAAUGUUCUGCAAUGCUCCACAAGUUCCAUAAAUUCAAAGAAAAAUGUAACUAUACAUAUAAAACUCUAAGAACACUGCUUCGCAAAGGAAAAUUAACAUAUAAAUCUAUCAAUAAUGUUAUUAAUAAAAAUGAUUACAUAUUGAAAUAUGGUAAUUUAGAAAUAUUGACUUUAAGUAAAAGAAUUAAAACUUACACAACAGAACAUGCUACAAUAGAUGUAGAUGUAAAAGAAAAUAACAUCAGUGCAGAUAAAUUUGAAACUCUUGACUGCUACAAUGAUUACCAAUCUGAUUAUGAAGAAUCAUGUAAAGACCCUACAAUUGAUCCAGUAUCUGAAGAAUUGGAGAUUAAAGAUGAUACAUUUUCUAAAAUAGAAAUUGUCAACACAUUUAAAAUAGAUGAAUCUGUUUUUGUGGAUUCAUCUAAAGAAGAAAUCAAACCAAAGCCUCGACAUACACUUAAAAGAAAUUUACGAUUGAAAAAAGGGAAUGUUUUCACAGAUGAUGAAAAAGAAUACAGACAACAUAAAUCGAAAAGAAAAUCAAAAGUUGUUCCUUCUGAAACAAAAAAGUACAAGUUUAAAUCGAAAAAUGGGAAUUUAAAAGCAUUAGCAUUUUUAAAUUCAGGUUUUUGGAAAAAAACUAAUCUCAGUGAGGAGGAAGCAUUGAAAGAUUUUAAGGAUCGAUCCCAGGAUAGAAAGUAUCUGAAGGCAGCUUAUAAAUGUGAAGAUUGCUAUAGGGGAUUCUCUCAAAAAAGUAUGUUGGACAGGCACAUACCCCUGAGACAUGGAGAGGCAGCAGGCUCCCUGUCAUGUCGAUUCUGCAAAAUGAGAUUCAAAGCUGCCCACUACUUGAAUAAACAUAUGAGACAGCACUUUACCAAGUAUGAAUGUUUAAGAUGUAAUCUCGUCUGCAACUUGGAAAAUUCUGCUUUGUUCCAUGAAGAGUAUCACAAUGGUGUAAUCAGAAAAUGUACACACUGUGACAAAGAAUUUAGACACUUGUCCACGUUCUACACACACUUGAGGACGCAUCGAAGCAAGCACAUGUGUUCCCUUUGCGGAGAGUCUUUUGUCAGCCAACUUGGCUUAAGGUUACACAAGAAAGUAAAGCAUGCCGUUGAAACCGAAAAUCAAGAAUCUCCCAUUAAGGAGAGCACAAAUUGCGAUAUAUGUCAAAUAAAAUUUGAUACUGCAGAGGCGUACGAUAAACAUUUACUGCACUCAGCCAUGCAUACGGAUGAAAAUAAACUGAUAGACGAAAACGUGGCAAAGGAUUUCCUCGAUGACGUAGAUGAAAAAGAAGAAUAUGAUCAGAAAUCGGAACCUUUAAUUAAGAGGAAAUCUAGAGUUGAAAAAACUUUAUCAGCCGUUAGGAAAUACUUGCCCAGGAAGACGACUGCAAAGAAACCAACUACAUGUCAUCAGUGCGGCAAACAUUUCGAGACGCAAUCUGCCUGCAUGAAACAUCAUUUGGCCGAACAUCCCCGCACUUCGUUCUUCUCAGCAAAGGAGAGGAUCAUCUGUGAGGUUUGCGGCGCAUCCCUUGCGCCCGGCAGCGUGGCAGCUCACCUCAACCAACACACCCGCCGCAAGAUGUACACGUGCGACACUUGCGGUCGAUCCUUCACGACCAGCACCAUGCUAAGGAACCAUAUGGUGACGCAUACUGGGGAGAAGAGAUACGGCUGCAGCCUUUGCGACAAACGAUUCACACAAAACGGCAGCCUCAGUCUUCAUUACAGGACCUUCCAUCUUAAGCAACCUUAUCCUAAGAGGAACAGAAGAAAAAAUUCCGAUAAACCUGAAGGUGGUACAUUUAUUAGGAAAGAAGAUCAACAGGGCGAGUUUAUACAAUAUUAAGAGCCUGACUGAUUUUGUAAUAUUUUAGACUUUAGACGUUUUCACAUUUAUUAUGCCAGCUCUUCACGUUGCUAUUACCAUUUGCUAUUUUUCAGUUUUAAGCAGGUUGUUCUCAUCAUAUUCUAUACAGAAUGAAUUGGAGAGAUUUUUGUCAAGUUUACAAAUGGCAAACAUGAAUAGCCAUAUAAUUCCAUCACAUCACUUGCCUAUUCAUGUUUGCUAUUUGUAAACUAGACAACUUGACAUUCGUCUGUAUAUUUCAUUCUUUAAAAAUCAUCAUAAAGUCAGAAUUGUCAAGUUAACAAAUACUAGUAGCUAAGCGAAGUGUCGGCAUUACAGUGCGGCCAACGAAAGAAUGCGACUUGACAGGUCGUGUCAGUUCCUUAUGGCGGCAAGUUAGAGUCUAUUUUCGGUCCCCUUUUUUUAUAAGAUCGAAGGUGUACCUACUUUAGGCAUUGACUGAUUGUAAUCUCAUUGUAUGAAUUUGAUUUUUGUCAAAAUUCUAUUUCGUAAUAUGCAUUUUUUCAAAAUUUUAUUUGCCGUAGAGUGAUGCACACUUCGUGUAGUUACUUAUUAUUAAAAUGCUAAAAAUAUUUUAAUUUUCCAUAAAAACUAGUUUUCAUGUUUUUUUAUUGAUUAACCGAUUUCUCGCUAAUUAAGAAUUUAACGCACGAUAUGCUUAAUUUUGUAGUGUGAACAGAAUGAGCUACUAAAAAUUAAAUGUUUUUAAUCAUUCAAAACAAGUAUUUUAGUGGCGUUAUAAUAAAGUAGUGGAUCACUAUAUAAAUAGCUCGGUGAUUAUCACUUCUAUUUGUCAAAAGCAGUUAGCGAAUAGGCCUACAGUACCACGAACCAAUAUAGAAUUUGAAUAGUUUGCGAGUCCGAAAUGUCAUUGUCAAAUUUUGUAUGAAAACUUGAACAGCAGCGCCACAACUAGUGUUGCCAGGUCCGAUUUGUUUUAAAUCGGUACAUGAGGUUUAAAAAAAUCGGGAUUUAGGGUUGCGGAUCGGGACAGUAAACAAAAAAUAAGGGGUUUUUAAGUCUGUGUUUAAUUUAUCGCGUUUUAAACUACUAGCGCAAGUAC